AUGCGCAUGUGGGCGCUUGUAAUUACUCCCAUGCGUGGCGGUGAUUACCCCGCUAUCUUAAACCUGUACCACAACGGCGGCAUGCCCUCUCGGCGACGAGAUCGUUCAGAAUCUCGUGAGAGAUCUCAUUCUCGUUCCCGCGGUCGUUCACCAUCCUCUGAGAGAGAUGUCCCGCUGCCUAACAAUGCACCGCACAUCUCAGAGUCCGACUACUUCCUGCGCAGUGAUGAAUUCAGAGUGUGGCUUAAGGACGAGAAGCGCAAGUACUUGGAUGAAUUAUCCAGUGAAAAGUCACGAAAGUACUUCCGCAAGUUCGUGAAGGCAUGGAAUAGAGGCAAGCUGCCUAGUGCGCAUGGAUCACUCUAUUACGGUGUGGAAGCGCAGAGUGCGAGCAGCCAGACGGGCUAUAAAUGGUCGUUUGCAUCCAAGACCUCCAAGGCUGAUAUCGAUGCGCUCCGUGCGACGCGCGAAGAGAUCAGCGCAGCCACAUAUAAACGCUCACUCGCCGACCAUGCUUCGUCACCGGCUGGGGGCAGCAGCAGGAUUCAGGGCCCGACACUUCCCGGUCAGGCGGACCUCACGCUUGCUCGCGAAGAUGUAGAGUCGCUGCGCGCCACCGAGCGUGAGCUGGACAGGAAACGCAAACGGAAGGUGGAGAAGGAGAGGAUAGAGGACGUCGUAGGACCGAAGGAGGUUGGACGUGAGGGCAUGCUUGAGAAGAAGCGGGCGCGCAGAGAAGCAGACAGAGCAUUUAAGGAAAAGGGCGACGAUGGUUUUGAGGCGGACGAGUCGACGUUGAUGGGUGGUGGGGAUGGUUUCCAGGAGAGAAUCCGCCAGCGGGAUGCUGCUCGUCAGAGGAAGGAGGAACAGCGGCACGGUGCUCGAGAUGAACGCGAAGCCGCUACUCGACAGCGUGCUGAUGCGAUCCGGCAGAAGGAGAAGGAGACCAUGGACAUGUUCAUGCAGCUGGCGAAGGAAAAGUUUGGCUGA